UGCCAGGCUCCACGAGGCGAAAUACCCGGGAUCAACUACCGCUCGCUUACGCACGCGCAGUGAAGACGAGCGUUUCUUGUUACUCUUUUCUUUUUGCUACGCGAACACGGCUUGUCCAAUACUCUCGUCGCACACGGUCCGUUUCAUGAGUGGCGGCUAGACAGCGCCUCCAAUCACAUGAUUUUUUCAAUGUCCAGUCGCUGCGCAGAAAAGCCAAGCAGCAACAUCGGAAGCAGGAAAGGUUGGAUACAAUCAGGAGUCUCCACGACUUCCGAAGAGGCCCAAACAGCAACGACAAUGGCAGAGAUGGUCCAAGAACAUGGAAUGGUGCCUCAUGCCGCCGGAGGGAAUCCCGCGGAGGAGACCUCCAAGCAAGGCGACAAGGACACGGAGGAGUAUGUACGACCGUCGACCACGACGAAACUCGAGGUGCCAGAGGGGGGUGAGAUGCUCAAAGACGGUACAGUGCGGAUCAACGUUUGGGCCAGCCCGCGCUCGCUGAGCACAGCUCUGAUGUACUCGUUCGCACAGAGGCCGGACUGUGUUGUUUACGACGAGCCUUUGUACGCACACUUCCUUCGGACGCACCCGGAGGACGAGACAUGGCGGCCCUACCGAGAUGAGGUCUUCAGAGAACAGGCACGUGCAUGGGAUUCCGACGGCGACCGAUGGAUCAAGGAGGUGGCGCUAGGCCCGACGCCCAAGCCGGUCGUCUACAUGAAGCACAUGGCCAAGCAGAUGAGGAACCUGGAUCUCUCCUUCCUGCCCAAAUGCCGAAACAUCAUCCAGAUCAGGACCCCGAUCCACAUGCUUCCCUCCUGGAACACUAACAUCCACGCGAACCUAAAGGAGAUCGGCAUGCUGGAUCUUUUGCACAUGUACUCUCUGGUACGCGCCAUGGGUCAGGAACCAAUAGUGAUCGACGCCGAGCUGCUUCGUGCCAACCCAGAGGGUGUGUUGCGGGAGGUGUCGGAAAUGGCUGGUAUCCCCUACGCCCCAGAACAGCUGAGCUGGGAGGCUGGUCCCAAGCCCUACGACGGCUGCUGGGCAUACGUCUGGUACAAGGGGUGCAGAAAGUCGACGUGCUUUGACAACUCCCCGCGCUACGUCAAGUUCGACCAGAACCUGGCGCCGCUCCUGGAGGAGUGCAUGCCUAUCUACCAGCUCCUGAGAUCCAAGGCCAUCACGGGAUUCGGCAAGCUCGGCAAGGUGCAACGCCCCCUGCCGGCAGAGGCAGACAGUGCCGCAAGGGACGCGAAGGCAGAGGGUGCAGCUGCGGUCAACGAGGGCAUCCUGGUGUGGGUUGGAGGAGGGCUUGUUCCACGUGAUAUGGCGAAGGUGUCUGUGUUUGACUCGUCGGUGCAAGGGGGUGACGCCGUGUGGGAGGGUAUUCGGGUGUACCGGGGAAAGAUAUUCUGCCUUGACAGGCACCUGAGACGCCUGCAAGAUUCCGCCCACGCCCUCGCCUUCGAGGCGAUCCCGUCUUCCAAAGACAUCACUGUGGCCAUUAUGGCCACCCUUGCCGCUAACCAUAUGGUGGACGGGGCCCACGCAAGGGUGACGCUGACCAGGGGUACCAAGACCACGUCCAGCAUGAACCCCGACUUCAACGUCUUUGGGUGCACCCUGAUUGUUCUAGCCGAGAGGAAAGAGGUCGGCGGAGCGGCAACGUACGACAACGACCUCGGCGUAACUCUGGUCACCGCCUCCAAUAGACGAAACCCUCCACAAUGCCUCGAUUCCGCUAUCCACCACAACAACCUCCUCAACAACAUAUUGCCCAAGAUCCAGGCUAACAACGCCGGGGCCGCCGACGCGGUCAUGCUGGACGUCGAGGGCUUCGUUUCCGAGACGAACGCAACCAAUAUCUUCAUGGCCAAGGGGGGGAAGCUCGUGACACCGGCCGCCGGCAGCUGUCUGCCGGGUAUCACGAGGGGUCUCAUCUUGGAGCUGGCAGCCGAACUCGGCGUCCUCGCGGAGGAGAAGAGGGUUUCCCUGUCCGAGCUGCAUUGUGCGGACGAGGUCUUCACAACGGGUACCAUGGGAGAGCUUUCUCCCGUGGUGAAGAUCGAUGGGCGUCUGAUCGGGGAUGGACAACCGGGACCUUUGACAUCACGCUUGAGGGAAGCAUUUGCUGAAAUGACAGAUCGCGAAGAAUUGGGGACGCCUCUUCCGACGUGCGCAUGAAAUACGUUUCUUUGUGAUCGAGCUAGCACGCGCAGGGGGGCACUCAGUAGGGGUUGAAUACGACGAAGAGUGUAUGAGGGCCUUCGAGAAACCCAUGCUACACGUGCUACAGCGGUAGUGGCAAGUCGAUUAGACAAGUAGAGUUUGUAGUCGUUUUAGCCUCGGCCUUAUUGCGUAGAGGAAGAAAAAGGCACAUAAAAAAGCUAUGCAGCGUGUCUCGCGCCCAGGGCAGGGGCGGUGGUAACGUGAAGAGCGUGCCUGAGUGGAGGAGCAACCGCCUCAGGCAGGCACACAUGCGAAACAAGGUUCCACAAACGGCGAAGAAAGUAUCACUCGUAUCUGCAGGUAU